AUGCGAUAUUAUUGUAAACGAUCGACUUUCUUCGUACAAGUGGACGCGGAGAUGAGGAAUCAGACGCGGGCUCAGGGCGACCAGGUGCGACUGAACUGCGAGAUAACUGGGCACCCUGUACCCACCUACGCCUGGUUCAAGAACGAUCGCAGACUGGACGAGAACAUCAAGAUGAAGAGGAUGAAGAUUCUGUCGACCUACUGGGGGUCAAGCAAAAACAUCAACAACAAUAACAACAAAAACAGCAACAAAAACAUCAACAACAACAACAGCAGCAACAAAAACAUCAACAACAACAACAUCAACAACAACAACAGCAUCAAGUUUUAA